AUACAAGUAUGGAUUUAGGUAAUGAAACAAAUAUAGAUCUAAUUGAUAGCAAAGAUGAAAGUCUAGAAAUAACUGAAGCAACCUUUAUUGAAGUAACCUUUACCAAAAUAACUUCUGAUGCCAAUAAACAUAAAGGCA